AUGCUCCGUCGUACUGCUCGCUGGCCACCCUUGACCACACCCGUCUGCCUCACCACCACCACUUGCUACACGCCUACUCGCAGCCGCAUCCUGCCCCCCCUGACCUCGUCUCCGUCCCCUCGUCACGCCCUCAACCGCCUCCUCUCCACCGCCCCGCAAACCCCUUCCGUCACCAUGUCCAACACGAGCGGCACAAAGGUGGCCAGCCUGCCCAAUGGCGAAAUGGCCGCCUCCAACUUUGUCUCUGGCUUGACGCAGCCCGACACCCACGGACCCAUCUCGGCCCUCGCCCUCGACAACUUUGCCGCCGUCCGCACCGGUCACCCGCCCCCGGGCACGUUGCCGGACGCCAUCCUGCCCGAGGGCGUCGACAACCCCCGCCUCUUCACCUCGGUCACGCUGCCCUUCGUCGAGCAGCGGUACAAGAACCGCGUCAUCGUCUCGCCCAUGUGCCAGUACUCUGCCAACAACGGCAUGCCCUCGCCCUACCACAUCGCCCACCUCGGCUCCUUUGCGCUGCACGGCGUGGGCAACAUCAUGGUCGAGGCAUCGGGCGUCGUCCCCGAGGGCAGGAUCACGCCACAGUGCCUCGGCAUCUGGUCCGAGGCCCACCGCGACGCCCACCGCGCCCUCGUCGCCUCGCUCAAGUCCUUCACCGACGGCCUCGCCGUGGGCAUCCAGCUGGCCCACGCCGGCCGCAAGGCGUCGACCUGGUCACCCUUCCACCGCGGCGACAAGAAGUUCAAGAACUACGUCACCGAAGCCGAGGGAGGGUGGCCCGAACGCGUCGUCGGGCCCUCGGCCAUCGCCUACGACGAGGGCCACAUCACGCCCAAGGCCCUCACCGUCGACGAGAUCCGCGAGCUGCAGGCGCGCUUCCUCCAGUCGGCGCGCUGGGCCUUUGAGGCCGGCUACGACUACGUCGAGCUGCACGGCGCCCACGGCUACCUCUUCCACAACUUCCUUAGCCCGCUCAGCAACCAGCGCACCGACGAGUACGGCGGCUCGUUCGAGGGGCGCACCAAGUUCCUCGUCGACACGGCGCGCCAGAUCCGCGCCGAGUUUCCGGACAAGGGGCUGUGGGUGCGCAUCUCCUCGACCGACUUUGCAGACGAGGCGGGCAAGGGUGACAGCUGGACCGUCGACCAGUCGGUCCGUCUGGCCCUGAUCCUCAAUGACCUCCACGUAGACCUGAUCGACGUCUCGGGAGGCGGCCUGGUGCCCUUCCAGAAGAUCAAUGUCGGCCCGGGCUACCAGCUGUUCGGCGCGCGCGCCAUCCGAAAUGCCCUCGUCGAAAAGGCCGGCAGCGGCGGCGGCGCCGGACGAGAAGAGGCAAAGAGGAUGCUCGUCGGCGCCGUCGGCAUGAUGGAGGGCUCGCCCGACGCCGACAACGCCCAUGACCCGUCAGUGACGGGCACGCUGGCGGAAAAGUCGCUGCGCGAGGGCGACUCGGACGUCAUCCUGCUCGCGCGUGGGAUGAUGGCCAACCCAAAGUGGGCAGAGGACGCCGCCGUCGCCCUCACGGGCAUCCGAUGCGCGGGCAACCCGCAGUACCACCGCGUCCACCCGGCCAAGCGCCCGCAGCACUAG